CUUAUUAAAUAGGUGUUGUUGUGUGUAUGUCUAAUUUGGAUGACAACCACUGUGAAGCUGUAAAAAAGGACAUUCCUGCAAAACAUGCAACCCCUACAGUAGGACCAACAACUGCAUUGAGUGAUGCUGCAUUUUCAGGCGUGCACAGUUUAGCCCACCAGAGUUCAGAUAACCGAACGAGAAUGUCAGAUGUACAUGCUAUUACCCAGCCGGUCUCAAGUAGGCCAAAUGAACAAGAGGAUGAAGGUGAUAAUAUUAAUCACGAUGGCUGCUCCCCCAGUGCAGCCAAAGUGCCCAAGAAGGGCAUUCUGAAGAAUAAAGACACGUCUCGACACCACGCAGCCGAUGCACCCAUUAGGUUUGACGAGAUGAACAUUUUGCAGACACUGCAUCCACCGAAUAAAGACUAUGGCCACAUGAAGAUAGACGAACCCAAAACGCCAUUUGAAAGAGGAUCGAUUCCAGACGAUAACGAUGAUAAUGAAGGGGUGGUUGUUGACCCUAAGGAGCUUGCAGACAGACUGGCUUCAGUGAAAAGAAGACACUCGUCAGAAGAUAUGGCUACAGACAUACCACCAACAGAUGAAGACGAUGAAGAUGAAGAAUUAGACACACCAGAGAAAAAGGAACAGAAGAAGAAAUUCGAAGAUGCCAGGAAGAAACACUAUAACGAGUUCCAGCGAAUCCAGGAGGCCAGGAAACUCAUGCAACAAGAGGAAGAAGACGAUGAAGACGAGUGAAUAUUUUCGGAAACAGAUGACGAUGUACCCUGUCAAUUGAAGUGCCAUUAUGAUGCUGAUUAAUUCUACGACUGAAAGUGAAGAAAAUGAUAAAUGAUUUAGUUGUUGACUUGUGCUUUUAAUUUAAUCGCUUUGUUUUAA